AUGUUUAGUAUUCCUAAUACUAAAUCUCCAGGCCGUGAUGGAUUUAGUUUGGGGCUGAUGUGUUCUCGGCUGGCUAAUGAUCUCCCGAAUUUAGUGAGUCAAAACCAGGGUGCUUUUGUCAAGGGUCGUUCUAUUGCCUACAAUAUUCUAAUUCUUCAGGAUAUCUUGAAGAAUUAUAAAAGGAAGAGCUGCUCCCCAAGAUGCACCAUAAAAAUUGAUAUUAGUAAAGCUUACGAGACGGACAAUUGGGAUUUUCUUGAGAAGCUUCUGGUGGCCUAUUGUUUUCCUGCCAAGUUUGUCAAGUGGAUCAUGAACUAUGUGAGAAAUACUUCUUACUCUCUGCUCUUGAAUGGUAGAUUCCAAGGGACUUUUAAGGGUAAGCAGGGGCUAAGACAAGGGGAUCCCAUAUCCUCACUUCUCUUUUUCUUGUCAUGGAGUAUUUGUCUCGAAUAA